UCAACGUAAAAAAAUUUUAUUUUACUUGAGCAAAUAAUAUAAAAGUCUUGAAACAGUUAGAUAUAAUCGUAUUAUCGUAUAUUAAAUUAUCUUCGGCAAGCAAUUUUGCAACAAGAUAUAUACUGUUACUGAAGCAAAUAUUGACCUUUCCCCUUCUGUAGGCCACCCAACAAGAGACAAGAGAUAUCGCAGUAUCAUUUGCGACUUUUAUAUAUUCGUGAUAUUUAGCCAAUAUUUAGCGCCAUCUACCGAUCAGGGGACAAACUUUUACAGAUUUAAUUCACUAUAUGUCAGUUUGGAGUCUCCAUGUCCCCCAUCUCUUGACACCUGUUAACAUGAUUUGUGGUUGUGGAAGAGCUUCUCUUCAUCUUUUGUAUGUAAAGAGAAGAUUUUAAUUCACAUAUGCUCCCUCUUUCUACAAAAAGAAAAUGUAUAUUAAAUACAGUGAGGAACAAAUCUAAAAAAAUCUUAUAAUUGACAAUACAAAAUGCGAAAAGAGGUUAAUUCACAGUGCUUUAAUUGUCAAUGUUAAAAAAAAAGAAUGAUAUAAUGUAAAGAUUAAGUAUCCAAGACAAAAGAAGUUAAAGAAGAAAAAAUCUACCCUGGAAUUUGGGUCGAUUUUUAUAUUAACGACAGUUAUAUCUUGUAAAAAAAUUGUAACUAACGUUUUGCAUGAUGGAAGAUUCUGCAAAAUGUGAAGAUAUUGAAUCUAGUAAUAUCACUCCUGUAUGUUCUCAAGUAAACCAAACAGAUUCCGAAACCAGAUCUUUAAUAGAUAAUAAAAAUACACAAGUUCGUGUUGUUCGAGGUACUAAAAGGUUCAAAAUUGACAAUGAACUUAACAAUAUCGAAAAAAAGGAUGCAAAAGAUGAAGAAACAACAGAAGUUAAAGUAAAAUCUCUUAAACGUUCUUGUGAAUUAUGGUCUAUGGAAGAUAAAAAUAUUUUUAAAGCACUCAAUGAAUAUGGUAAAGAUUUUGAUGCACUGCAAAGUUACUUUUUAAAUCAAGGCAAGAAGCGUGGUCUUUCAGAUGCCAUGAUAAAAAAUAAGGAGCAAAUUCGACAUUUUUAUUAUAGAACAUGGCUAAAAAUAUCAAAACAUCUUAAAUUUUCUGAAGAUGUUAAGAAAACAUCCCAGGAAUUAUAUGGACUAAUAAAUUAUGGUGAACUCAGAAGAAAAUUACCUCGUAUUCAUGAAAAGGUUCAUUUAAGAUUGAAUGAAUUAGUAUAUUGGGGAUCUACACAAGUCAGACUUAGAGGAAAAACUAUGAGAAUUAAAACACCAAUAUGUAGAGCGCUUAGAAAGUUAAAUCAAUUAGAAGAUUGGCAAGAGGAGAUUAAAUUACCAUCUAGAAUAACAAUAGAACUGCGACCACGUAACAAUAUAGCUUGGUGGCAAGUACAAGCAGCAUCCAUGAAUCCAAGAGUUCGGACGCUUCUUCCCAUACAGAGACGUCUCUCAAGUUUAUUAAUAUUUUUGCAACAGCGAUGGCGACUUGCAAAAUAUACCACAUGUUCCACUGUAGAAAAUCUCGUUACUAAUGAUAUAAAAGAUACUUGUUUAUUGCGAGUUGCUCCAUCAGAAGGAUGUAAAAUUGCUCUACCAAUGGUUAAUCUUGGAGAAUAUCUCACUAGCAAUAGUGUCAGUUUCAAUUCAUACGAAAAGCGUCUUGGUCUGAAAAGCUCAAAGGAAGAUUUGUUGGGCUCUAUGCAAUGUUUAAAAGGAGUAGGAAAAAAAGGCAUUAAACGAUAUAAAUUGGAUAAAAAGGUCUCAAAUCGUACCGAUGAAAAUUGUACACUGCCAGAUAUUAGUAGCGACGUAGAUCUUUUAGAAACCGGAAGUAAUAUAUCUGAGAAACCAGCGAUUAUAAAUAAUACAGAAAAAUCAUCAUCUGAACAUCAUUCAGAACCUGACAGAUUUCCUGGUAGAGAAACUAUUGAAAGAAUUCGAAAAGGUUGGAAUGUUGAAGAAGCGAAUACAAUUACUGUGGGCGAUCUCUUUUUAAUGUUUGGUCGUGAAUCGAAGAUUAUACUCGAAUAUUGGUGGGAUUUGCUACCCAAUGAGCAAUAUACAACUGACUCAGCGUCACCAAAUAUUAUGCGUGAUAAUAAUUUAUGUUUGGUUUUACAAAAAUUAUUGUCACUGGCAAAACAUAAUUACGGUACAAAUAAAGUAUAUGACAACACAUCGGGAAGCAACGAAACAGUAAUUUCAUCCCGAGUUCCAUCUAUUAAAGAAUCUACGUUUAGAAGACCUCUUAUUCCGCAAACAUAUCACAAGAUUGGUACAGCUGAUGCAUUUAAGACGCAACUUGACAAAUUUAAAACACGUUUUUGUAAACGAGGUAGAACAGUGAGACAGAAAAGUCUUGUUGUACAAAGAGUAUUGCCUAUUGUGUCUGCGCCAAAUAUGCCAUCAGAAAAUUUAACAACUGAUGCAAAUGGAUCUUCCGUAUGUCAAAUGCAAACUGAUAAAACAGCAAUAAAUGCAAACGAGACUCAGGAAAAAAUCUUUUUGGAUGCUCUGGAGACAAGCGGGGACGCAAAGAAUUCCAAUUCAAUUAUUACUAGUGCUACUCAAAUUCUUAAGGAAGGCGAGCAUCAGUGGUUAAAUAGUGAGGUUGCGGAUUUUUCAUUAAGUAGUUUCUUAGGACAGCUUGAAUCACCUAUGAAAGUUUCGCAAAGAAGUCAAGCGGGUGAACAGAUUAUGGAAGAUACUCGUCCUUCUUCUGAUGUUGUAUCUCAUAUGCAAUGUCUUAUGGGAGAAAACAGUGUGGAUUAUAUGGCAAAAUUUGCAAAUCUGGCAUCGCAAUUAGCUUCUGACGAAAAUAAAAAAUAGGUAAA